AAUGAAGUCGAAACACACCAGUCAAAUAAAAGCUAAAAAUGACUCAAAUAAAACAAUACCGAUUGAAGAACAUUACUAUAAACCAGGAAAACCGGAUGAAAAAGUUGAAAUUUCUGAAAAUUCGGGUUUUUAUUUAUCUCGGGUACGUGCUUCAAUAAUUGAAACUAAUGCUGUCUGUAGAAAUGAUUGGAAUCUAAUGAUAAAAGAGACUUUGGAGGAUAUCUAUGGUUCUAAUCUUUCUAAGUACUGUGCGAAGGGAAAGACAGGAAAGCAUCCGGGGAUCGAUCCAAAUCUUUUCAAGGGAUUAUUUGAAUGGGUUAAUCGUAAAUUUGACAAUAAGAUUACGGACAAAAUGUUUACUCAACGAGUUGCUCGGAUCUGUGACAACAAACGGAAAUAUAAGGCCCGAAAAGUACUUAAAAGUACAAGCAAUCCGAUGAAACAAAUUACUAGUUCACAGAGUAAGUCUUGCACAGUAACAUCUGAUCAAGUCAAGUCUAAAACAAAAACUAAAUCUGUUGAUUUAGAUGGUGGCAAUACUUCGCAAAAAGAUGAUAAUUCUCCUGUAAAUUUGGCAAAAAAACCACGCAGUGAACAUCAUGGAUAUCAGGAUACAAUUACUCAUAAUUAUUUUCAACAGGCGGAAUCUCUUUCAUCUCCGUUAAAUACUGUACAACCAGAGAACCAUGAGUGGCCAGGUAAUUAUAAUGCUCCAAUAGCGCCUUUUGCGCCACCAGCUCCAAAUCAACAGAUAUACACAGGCAAAAUGAGUAAUACUCAUAGAUAUUCACAAAACGAUAACUACAAUCGCAACGAGGUUUUUCCAAAUGUCAAUUAUCCAUCCUAUUAUAAUGAAGAAAUGGACACGGAGAGAAAAGACAAUGAAUAUGAGUCACAUUCAACAGAUCGUAUUAAAGGAUAUUAUUUACAAAGCUUGUAGAUUGAUGACAAAAAAUUAUAAUUAUAAUGAUACAAGCACCAAAAAAACUUUUUGGAUCAGUAAAAUUAAUGUGAUUUUUUAGUUUAGCUUUUAAAAGCUAUUUUGUAUACUUUGAUUAAUCAAAGAUAUAAUUUUUUUUAUUUAAUUAUCUGAUACUUACUAACAUAUUUUAAUGGUUAUUGACAAAUAAAUGUGACCAAAGACAAAAUGCAUCACAGCCUCAGGGAUACUCUGUAUAAAACGUCGUAAUAGAGGGAAAUAAAAGGUGGUUAAAGUGUAAGCAACUAUUUUUAUAUAUUUCGUGAAUUCACGACUUUUAAAAAUACGAAGCGAUUUAUAAAACUAUAAAAAAAAUACUAAUACUUACAAUAUAAUUAAGUAUCAA